AAGUGCGUCGUGCGCAGCGGCAGCGUUUUUCAAUCGAUUCCGUUUUCCGAGUUUCACUUCCAAUACGUUUCCAUCUCUGGGCGAGUGUGUGUGCGUGCGUGCGUGUGUAUCUGUGACUGCAUCUAUGUGUGCAUUGUGUAUAUAUUCAAGUGCUGCAUAGUGUAGGCAGCAGGAACAUGCUGCAGUUGACAUAGAAUACUGAGCAAUAAGAAAGAAACAAGCAAUAAGAAACAAACACUAAACUCUGAACUCUAAUCAGCAUGGAAAAUCCCAAUUUCAGCAGCGAGGCAGCAGCAGCAGCAGCACACUCUGAAGGCGCCAGGAAUACCACCUCACCAGUGACGCAGGGCGGGGAAUGCGGCUGCGUGCGACUGGGUAAAUGCAAAUGGUUCAAUGUGGCCAAGGGCUGGGGCUUCCUAACGCCCAACGACGGCGGCCAGGAGGUCUUUGUGCAUCAGAGCGUCAUACAAAUGUCCGGCUUUCGUUCGCUGGGCGAGCAGGAGGAGGUGGAGUUUGAGUGCCAGCGCACAGCGCGCGGCCUGGAGGCGACACGUGUUUCGGGGCGGCAGGGCGAUGAUUGUCACGGCAGCACCUAUCGGCCACGCAUCAAUAGGAAAACUCGCCGCAUGCGCUGCUACAAUUGCGGCGAAUUCGCCAAUCACAUUGCCUCAGAGUGCGCGAUAGGGCCGCAGCCGAAGCGCUGCCAUCGCUGUCGCAGCGAGGACCAUCUGCAUGCCGACUGCCCGCAACGCAACACCACUGUGACACAAACCAGCAGGCGAAGCAAAAGCGUUGCCAACGACCAACAGCCUGAAGCUGCUGUCGAGCCAACUCCCUAGCGCCAACGACACGGGGUCACAUUUGAAGUUCAAAACUU